GUUGGAACAGAAAGAAAUGUACUUAUCUUUGAUUUAGGUGGUGGUACUUUUGAUGUAUCCAUUCUGACAAUUGAAGACGGAAUCUUUGAAGUGAAAUCCACAUCUGGGGACACCCACUUGGGUGGUGAGGACUUUGAUAAUCGUAUGGUGAACCACUUUGUUCAGGAAUUCAAGCGUAAACACAAGAAGGACAUAACCGACAACAAAAGGUCCCUUCGGCGUCUGAGAACAGCAUGUGAGCGAGCAAAGAGAACCUUGUCAUCAAGUGCUCAGGCCAGCAUCGAGAUCGACUCCCUCUAUGAAGGAGCCGAUUUCUACACAAGUAUCACAAGGGCCCGUUUUGAGGAGUUGAAUGCAGAUCUAUUUAGAGGAACCUUGGAACCUGUAGAAAAAUCUCUACGUGAUGCCAAGCUAGACAAAGGUGCAAUUCAUGAUAUUGUACUGGUUGGUGGGUCCACUCGUAUUCCAAAGAUUCAGAAACUUCUUCAGGACUACUUCAAUGGAAAAGAACUGAACAAAUCCAUUAAUCCUGAUGAGGCUGUUGCCUAUGGUGCAGCUGUACAGGCAGCUAUCCUGUCUGGAGACAAGUCUGAGGAGGUCCAAGAUCUACUGUUGUUGGAUGUAGCUCCUUUGUCCUUGGGUAUUGAGACCGCUGGAGGAGUGAUGACCUCUCUCAUCAAACGUAACACAACUGUUCCCACCAAGCAGACCCAAACAUUCACCACCUACUCUGACAAUCAGCCAGGUGUGUUGAUCCAGGUUUACGAGGGAGAACGAGCAAUGACCAAGGACAACAAUCUGCUUGGAAAGUUUGAGCUGACUGGGAUUCCACCAGCACCGAGAGGUGUUCCUCAAAUUGAGGUCACAUUUGACGUUGACGCCAAUGGUAUCUUGAAUGUGUCUGCUGUUGACAAGAGUACAGGCAAGGAGAACAAAAUCACCAUCACCAAUGACAAAGGUCGUUUGUCAAAGGAUGAGAUCGAAAGGAUGGUGAAUGAUGCUGAGAAAUACAAGGCAGAAGAUGAUGUACAACGUAACCGUGUUUCUUCCAAGAAUGCCUUGGAGAGCUAUGCCUUCCAGAUGAAAUCCACAGUUGAGGACGACAACCUCAAGAACAAGAUCAGUGAAGACGAUAAGAAGACCAUCGUUGACAAGUGUACAGAGGUUAUCUCUUGGCUAGAUGCCAACCAAUUGGCCGAAAAGGAAGAGUUCGAGCACAAACAGAAGGAGUUAGAGGGUGUUUGUAAUCCAAUCAUCACCAAGCUGUACCAAGGAGCUGGUGGAGCACCUGGAGGUAUGCCCGGAGGUAUGCCCGGAGGCAUGCCAGGCGGUAUGCCGGGUGGUGCUGAUGGAGCAUCCACUGGUGGAAGUGGUGGCCCAACCAUCGAGGAAGUCGAUUAAAUACAGGACAAAUUCUGGACCAAGAUCAAGCUUACAAAAUUCAAAACUAAUUUAUUUUUUGUUUCAAUUACAAGCCAUCAUAAUUAGAACACUGUUAAGAUAGAGACUUGAAAAUCUACCCAACUGAUCAUGGUAAUACAAAAACUAGUCCAAUGUGAAGAUUCUGUGUCCAUCAAAACAAAGACCAAUGGAAAACAUGCUUAUUUUGAUAAAUGUUUGCUGCACAUGCUUAAUGCUUUGAAACAAACUGCAGUGUAGGAAGAUGGACAAAUAAGUUUUGAAUGCUCAAUUGCCAAUUACAUAACUGUUACAAAGAAAUUUCAGUUCAGUUUAGUUUCAUUUAUUUCCAUCGAGUUAACUCUUUAUCUUAUCACGAAAGGUUAAAAUGUGGUUUUCUUUACCAUUUGACCAUUCCAUCAUUCCAUUGUAUCGGAUGUGAUAACUGAUCAUAUUAAUGUCAAGCUUUUGCAACAACCCCUAGUAAUGUGCAAAUGUGACAAGUCGCAUACACAAAUAUAUGCUUUUUCAAAAGAUGAAAAGUAUUCAACGUGCAAGAAGAAGAAAAAAAAGA